GGUAAAAUACACAACGUGACGACGGCGACGACGGUGCGUUCAAGUUCCGACGGAAGAACAGAAUACGGUUGCGGCGUGAAUUUUUGGGCUUUUGGCAGAACCGCGGCUUCCGAGGCCUCCCUGAGCUCCUUGUCUAUCUCGCCCUUGCCCACGGUCCAAGGUGUAUGCAUAUUUCGGGGGAAGCUUUAUUUCUCAAAGGAGAUUGUUUGUGUAUAUUUUUCUCGGAACCGAACGAAAACGAAAUGCGGGAUGGUCGUCAGUCGUGGGUAUAGGCCUUCAGCGAAUUAUUCUGACUUUGCGAAGUGGCUGUCAAAUAUCAAACCGCUUACCGGCUUAGCACUUGAGUAGGAUCUGCUUCUCAUUGUCCACGGUGUUCUAGAUUUACAGGCGGGGCAGUGCUGCUCGGACAGACAGUUGAAAAGUAGGCAACAAUAAAGUAUAUACUUGUAAACUCAUUCGAGGAUAAGCGGGACUUGAAAUCAGCUUGACUGUGAAAGAGCAGAUUCACGAGAGAGAAUCCAUAGAAAAAGAUAGUCGAGUAAUCCUAUCAAAUUAAAUCUGAUUAAUUGAAGAGAAACAUUAUGCUGCCGUUCGUUGCAUGCUUCCCCACCACCCACACCGGGGAUCGGGAAUGGUGAAAUCUCUUGCAGUUUGAAUCGAAAGCAAAACAAGAGUGCAGCUCGCCUGGAGUGGGUGAUUUGUCUCGCAGUUGUGAAAAGAAUGCCAAACCAGCAUAAUUAGUAGAGCGAACUCGAAAUAAAGUGUCUUUUUAGUUUGAAACACAAAGGAUUAAUUAAAUUUUGUUCAGCUGAAUUAAUCUGCGUCGCUCUUCGCGUCAUCGAUUUUGCAGUCUGCGAAAGUUGGCUCCUUUGGAAAUGUCUAAAGUCUCAGUUUGUGAACGAAGUGAAAUAUAAUUAAAUUAAUACGCUCAUUAUUAGGGGGAUUGUUUUAGUUAAACCGUCCUGUUAAUUUAGCAGGUGGGAUACCCUUGGCCGCGAAAAACUUUAUUCUCUGUCACACGAAAUCGUAUCGAAUAUUACAUUGAUCGAAGUGAAAGAGGUAAACGCGUAACGCGGAGACUAAAGGAAGUUAUUUUACACCCCAAUUUCGCAACCUCCCCCCAAAACGGUCUCUCGAGAAUUUGAACAACCAUUGAACCGCGGUCUCUACCCCGCAAUACCCUCGGUUUGUCCGGUUUGCAGUCUUCAUUCUCGGUGGGAAAAAGAAGCGAAAAUUAUGAUGCUCGUCGUGUGAAUAAAUUGUCUUCCGACUACGACGGAGGCGACCGAGAAGAAGACGAAGAAGCUCUCGGGGGUCGUCCGUCCCGUGAAGAAGUGGCCGGAAAUGAAAUUUAAGUGAAACGAGCCAGUGUUGGAAACGGCGCCGGAGAAGAGGCAACAUUUUCCAGGCAAAAACCAGUGUGAAAAAAUAUUGCUACACGCCGGUUACCCUCACCCAACCAACUUCUCAGCAGCUGGUGCGACGUGGUUUUGCAUGGUGAGGAAAAAAAAUCGUUGCGAGAAGAAAAAAAAUUAACCGGAAAAUCCGUCUGUAAGUGAGAAGUGUGAUUUAGUGGAAAAUUAAAUUAAAGUGUUAUUCAGUGGGUGGAUGGUUUUUUUUUGGUGGGUGUGUUUGUGCGUAUUUUGCAUUCAGCAGAAAAGUAUCCAACGGACGGUCGGAAGGUCGAGCUGAUUUCCAGACGGGCAACGAUCGCGAGAGACAGAGAGCGAGGAAGCAAAAAAGCAAGAUACUUCCCCGAGAAGCGCUUGCCGGCUUCGAGUCCAUAAAUCACCGCCACCUGGAAGCAAUGCGCAAACAUGUGUGUGACAACAGGAAUUUAUCUGUCUGGGCAAAGUGAAACGAGAAAUUCCCCGGUAGAACCGAUUUUUAUCAAUAUUCACAAAACAAUAAAAAUAAAAAUAAAACAUAAUCAACGUAAUUGAACUCCAUAACAUUUAUCUCGAAAACUUCAAAUACACUCUCGUGCGCAAUUUUCCACCCCGGCACAUUCAGCGAGACAGUUUUCCGGUCUUUUUUUCUUUCUCUUUCCCUUUUUUGUUCUUGUUGUUGGCCGCCACAGCCAACAGAUCUGCACUAAGAGCCGAGCCGAAUACUACCGGGUUCCGGCAGCAUCCUAGCAGCAUUCAAGCUCCAUGGUCCCACGUGUGACCGAAAUCGAUGCAUUCAAUCACUUCCCAAACCAGCGCUUCCUAACGAUAGCAGUGAAAGCAAUAACCAGCCAUAAUAAUAAUAAUAACAACCGCUCGCCUUGAGGAGGGGGUGGAAUCACCGGCAAAAAGGAGAGCAAGUGUGCCCGGGUGUGUUGGUGUUUGUGUGUGGGGUGUGCCCGCUGGUGUGCGCGUAAGAUUUCUUUCGACGAAAAUCAGAAGUGAAGUGUGUGCAAGCACAACAACAGUGCGCGGGGGUGGGAGUGGGAGUGAGAAAAUCCCUUAGUGAUCGAAAAGAAAGUAAAAGAGCAACACAUUUGCAGAGAUACCGGAAAACACAAUAGCGAAGUGCGAUGGGGAGAAUGAAACACCACAUCGCAUUCAAAUUUAAUCAAGUGUUUCAUAUUAUAUUUAUUAAUAUAUUUAUUGCGCAUUUCACACUCGGAUUACAGCAGCCAGCAGCCGACAAAGAGAAACAUGUGAAAUCGUCCGAGCUUCAGGCGGUGGAAGGAAGACGAAUUUCGCUGCCCUGUCCAUUAUCGGCCCCGUCCCGAGAUAAGGUCUACAUGGUGCUCUGGUUCAAGGACGAUGCCGGCAUCCCAUUGUACAGCUUCGACGUCCGGGGGAAACCUCUCCAGCAAGCACGACACUGGUCAGCGCCGGAAAGCUUUGGUCCACGGGCGCAUUUCAACACCGACACGGAUCCUGCCACGCUGGACAUCCAGGAUGUUCGACGACAUGACGAGGGUGUCUACCGCUGUCGAGUUGACUUCCGCACCAGUCAAACGCAGAGCUUUCGAUACAAUCUCAGCAUCAUCAUUCUUCCCGAGCAUCCAGUAGUGCUGAACCAGUGGGGCCAACACCUCAACACUUCAAAGCUAGGACCGAAGGAGGAAGGUGAUGAUAUCGUGCUGACCUGCAGAGUCGUUGGAGGUCGUCCCCAGCCGGCGGUCAAAUGGCUCAUUAACAGCAUCCUGGUGGACGAACAGUACGAGCACAACUCGGGCGAUGUCAUCGAAAAUCGGUUGCUGUGGCCAGCGAUUCAGCGUUCCGAUCUGAACUCGAUAUUCACCUGCCAGGCCACCAACACCCAACUGGCGGAACCAAAAGAGAGCAGUUACGUGCUGGAUCUACACUUGAGGCCAUUGAGUGUGAAGAUAAUAAACCCGCCGACGCCAUUAGUUGCCGAUCGUCGAUAUGAAAUCGCCUGCGAGAGCGUUGGUUCGAGGCCAAAUGCGAUUAUAACGUGGUACAAAGGAAAGCGACAAUUACGCCGUGCAAAGGAGGAAAUCCUUAACAACACCACAAAAUCGGAGCUGAGCUUCGUACCAACGACGGAAGACGAUGGCAAGCUGAUAACGUGUCGAGCGGAAAAUCCAAAUGUCACAGGACUAUUUUUGGAGACCUCGUGGAAGAUUGAAGUUGUCUAUCCACCGAUCGUCGCGCUGCGGCUCGGUUCGACACUCUCGGCGGACGACAUCAAGGAUGGUGACGAUGUUUACUUCGAGUGUCACGUCCAGGCGAACCCUCCGUGGAGGAAAUUACACUGGCUUCACGACGGCAUAAUGAUAACCCACAAUGCAUCUGCCCGUGUAAUCCGCUCGAAUCAGAGUCUGGUGCUGCAGAAGGUAAAUCGUAACUCGUCCGGAAAUUACUCGUGCAGUGCAAUCAACGCUGAGGGCGAAACUGUCAGCAAUCAGCUGGCGCUCCGGGUCAAAUAUGCCCCCGUGUGCGCAACGGAAAAAAUCAUCAUCGUCGGAGCGUUCCGGAGCGAGGCGUUGCACAUUCCGUGCGAGGUGCACGCGGAUCCACCGCCGCGACAAUUCUACUGGAAGUUCAACAACUCGGGCGAAACGCUCGAAAUCACCAAAGAGCGGUUCGUCAAAAAUGGUUCACUUAGCAUCCUCAGCUACACGCCCGUCUCCGACCAGGACUACGGCACGCUGACCUGCUGGGGCCAGAACGAGGUGGGCCUGCAGCAGUGGCCUUGUUUCUUCCAAGUAGUGCUCGCCGGAUUGCCCUCGACGGUGAAAAAUUGCACGAUAAACAAUCAAACCCAGAGCUCGGUCGAAGUGCAGUGCCUGGCCGGAUACGAUGGCGGUUUGCCGCAGAUUUUCAUGCUCGAACUGAUUUCCAGCAGGACAGGAAGAGUGAGGUAUAACAUCACGAAUCCCGAUGACCCUUACUUUGUGAUAGAACCACUGGAAGCACUCAUGCACUACAACAACCUCUAUGACGAUUUCGGAGACAAUAACGCAUUCAAGGCUGUCAUCUAUGCCAUCAAUCAGAAGGGGAGAAGCCAGGGGGUGGUCGUAAAAGAUUUUUUAUUCGAGAGUACCACCACAGAAAACCGCGCCGUCCUAACAAGCAACCCGCUGGAGAGCCUAUCCCCGAUUCUGUUUGGCAUUCUGUUCACGCUGCUGGUAUUGUGUUUCGUUAUCUUCGUGCGAUUUUACUACAUCAAAGCGACAACCACCUCCACCACCAUUACGAACGUCAGUAGCGACUUAGUUAGUAACACGAAACAGCACGGCUCCAAACAGGAUUCCUCUGGCAAGAAAAACACCAAACAAAGCCCCCGUUGGCAGCACGGUUCUGGCGCGGGCGGUAACGGGAGCGGCGGAGGCAGCAUCGGGCCAGGGCCUGGAGGGCAGCUCGGCAUAGGCUCGGAUGGUAAAACCAGAGAUGGCAAGCCGGACCCCACCGAGGACGACAGAGGCGAUCCGGACGUGAUUCCGGCACAGUACGUGUCAAACGAUGGCGAGGACUCGAGUUUCAAUUCAUCGAAAUGGCCCAACGGGAGCUACUACGAACGUUACCCAACUCGUGACAUGCGGCCAACGGAGCUGCUGAUACCGCCGGAGGGCGUAGCCCACAUCGGAGGGGUCGGCAGCAUUGGUGGCGGCAGUGCGACAUCCACGCCGGUGGUAAAUCAAUUACAUCCGAAUAUUAAUCAGUCCGGUGACCCUUCCGCGAGCCUUAAACUCGGAGCGUACUACAGCACUUCGUCGGGGGCCGGCAGUGGUCUGAGUGGAGGAGUUUCGCUGGGACCGGGUACCACCGGCCCGGCGAUAGGGUUGUACGGAGGCGGGCACCAUCAAUCAAGCAGUCUGCUGCCGAACGGUGGCCCGGGCAGCGGAGCUUCCGCCUCCGGAGCGCAGCAGGGGGGUAAUCCGAACGAUUACGACAUUAAUGUACAUACCAUCAAAAAUAUGCUAAUGACCACUAGGGUACCGGAAAGCUGCGUCUAGUCGUCACUCGGGAGGACGAUUCAUGCGUGAGGAAGACCACAAAUCGCCGAUUUGUCCCGGCCGCAGGUGCUCACGCGAGCUUGAGUGCAACGAUAUCUAGCGAAUCAGCGAGAUGUGUACUACAGUACCGGUGAAAUGGUGGCAGUUAGACUUGUUUUGUGAUUUUUUUAAAAAUCCAACGAAAUUUUCUGCUGUGAUUAUUUUGGUUCAUUAAUAUAAGACAUAACUAAAAAAACUAUCAUCAUUCCUGAUUUCUUGGUAUUUCAUUAAGUAAAUUCGAUAUUUCAAGAUUCCACAAUUGAUGUGCGUGUUCUCAAUACAGUAUCCAUUGGCUCAAUUCAUUUGAUGUUCCAUAUUCCACACCUAUUUGUAUUUUGAGUGCCAGUCAAAACACAACGUUGCUAAACCUUUGCGGUGUAUAUGGAUAUAUAGUGCAAGUGAUAGCAGCGUUAAAAAUGAAAAAUAUAAUCUGUCUACCCUUCCCUGAGCAUCUCACUAACUAAAUAUUUACAUAGUGUUGCACUUGCCGACAAUUAUGGGGUCAGGCUCUGUUGCAGUCUGAAUAUGAAUCAUUCGCGUUGUCCUAUGAUCCAGCUGCUUCAUGAUGAAGCUGAGUUGUCUCAUUCUCUUUUGUGUCAUUAUUCGUAGCAUGUAACAACAAAAGAAUGCCACUUGGGAAAAUGACUUCUGUAAGAUCAUAUAAAAUCCACCAUUUCUAACACAAAAACUAAUUUUGGACUACAUGAAACAUCAAAUAUUUUGAAAAUUUUUUUGAAAUAUUUUGAGCCGAAUUUAUUGUGUACAUUUUUCUCAUGUUGUAUAUCGAACAGUAGCCAUUAAGGUGUAAGGGUAUUCCUAUCUUAUCGAUACACAUUUUUAUCUAUUACACAUUAGCCAUUUAGGCUUAAGAGUAUUCCUAUUCUAUCGAUACACAUCGUUACACUAUUGUUUGAAUGUUUAUAGUUGGACUAUAUACCCAGCGGGACUGUUGAUAUGAGGCUUCCAUUGUUGUGUUAUAAAUAGCACCAACUACCGAUGCAGCAGAUCGAUCGUAUGUGAAGUGAGAGGCUAGGAUCACCAUCACAUGAUGAUUGAUGCAUUGAAGUAGUUGCUAGAAUAACACACAAAGAUGGUCAGUUGAGGGCCCUGAGUUAUGAGCUCAUGAUUGUUCGCUUAGUAGCGGACACGUUACCAGUUAUGCUACGAAGACCCCCAAUUUGAUUUGUGUCCUGAAAGAUGCCGACCUUUAUUUCAAACUGUGAACCACAAACAGCAGAUCCAAAACGAAGAUUAUUGUUCCUUCUACUUCGCGAUUGUGGGAACAAAAGUAGUCAGCAUCAUCGAAUGAUGCGGGUUGCCUUCCACUAGUCUAAAAUCCAGUGUACAGAUUUAUCUGGAAAGGUACAGUUUUUUUUCGUUUCUUUGGUACAAAUUCUGUACGGUACAGGUUACAGAUUUUUAUCUGAAAUACAGAUUGGUAUAGAUUUUGUGAGUGUAAAUCUCAGACCCUUACCCAAUCUAACGAGUAUCAAUGUAGUAUUGGAUGAGCUUACAGGGUUUCUAUGAUGGGGAUUUACAAAAGUUAGAAAACGCAUUCCGCACCCAAAAAGUGAAAGGAAUUUCCGGUAGAAAACGAACAUUUGCAGGAUUGGUGGACGAAAAUCGGAUGUCUUUCAUUGACGGCUCGCUCGAAUUUUGUUUUGUUUUGUUUGAAUGUUUUUAAUAUUCUCUUUAAUAUUCUAUGCUUCACAUCUAGGUAACCGUCGAUCAGUUUUACUUUCAACGUUAUCAACAAAUGAAAAAAGUUAAAAAAUACUUUUAAAAUUAAACGGUUUUAUCAUAUACCCCUCGAUUUUAUUUUAGUCUCAUCAAUGCCCUAGAUUAAUGAAGAAAGGGGUGUGAUAACUACUAACUGCUACUUACCUAAUUAUUUUCUAGCUUUUAAUACAUUAUAUGUAUUAUUAUUACGUUAAAUCACAAUUAAACCGUUUAAGGGAAACCCCGGUGUGGAAGAUCGAAAAAAAUGAUUUUUCUAUUUGCAUUUUUGGGAAGCUUAUACCCUCAGAAAUGUUGUCCUAAAAGGAUUUUUUGAUAUUUAAUUUCGUUGGAAAGUUACAGCCAAAAAUAUUAAAUCACCUCAAGGGAGAUAAUAUUGCUGUACGAAUUUUACAAAGUGUUUUAUUAUGAUUUUUCAGCUGGUGGUAUCGAUAUCUCAGGAUCUACUCGACCGAUUUAGCUGAAAUGUUUUAUCAGCAUGUAAAAAUGAAUUAUCUAAAGCGUUACAUAGCCGUUUUUUGAUAUCUCAUUUGUUCGAUUUUUUAUGAGCUUCUAAACAGCAAUUUUUCAUGAAAAAUAACUAAUUUUUAGUAAAAGUGGCCUUCAUUUUGGGAGUUUUUCGUAUUUUCAAAAAACCCCUAUGUAACGCUAUAGGAAUUGUCCUAAAGUUUAAAAAUAUUCAUUGGGAUUCGUUCUGCGACAGCCCAUUCCUUCAGAACCGAUAUCACCAGCAAGGACCGAUUUUCAGACAGCAUCUAGCUGUCAACUGCGUAAUAAUAAUUGUUCGUGCUCUCGAAAAAUGGAAAAUACAUCUUCAAACAUACCUUAAACAAUAAACAAAAUACCCGAACACUUCACUUCAUUCCUAACAUCCGAAAAAAAAAUCACGAAAAUUCAUUAUUUUUCGACCUUCCAGACAGUCCCCCCCCCCUUAACUUAAAAAUUUUGUUUUAUUUUCUAAUUUUGAGUACAUUAUCUGUAUCAUUAGUAUAUUCCUCUACAAUGAAACCAUUCAACAGUUUUUUUUAAAUUUUAAUUCCUUGCUACACUUUUUUGGAAUAUUUUCAUGAAGUACUGUGUUCUUUUAGUCAAAUCAUUUCAUUUGAUACUAAUAUUAAGGGGUUACCCAAAAUACAUAGUGGCGGUGACCUUUUGGAUUUAUGUUGUUCAUAAUGUAGUGUGUUCUCCAAGUCAAAUCUAUUCAUUUGGUACACAUAUCCCGAACAAACAAAAAUAUGUUAAGAAACUAUGAAACCAGUCAUUUUGUAGCGGCGUUCAAAUUAAAUUUUCGAUAUUAUGAAAAACGCGUAAUUAUAAUGACGGCAUAAAUAAAGUGUAUACUAAAUUUCAGAGCAAACAAUCAAAAGAAACGUAAUCUUUCAUUUGAUACCUAUAUGCAGAAGUUAUAUAAAAAAGUUAAUGGUCAUUUGGAGACAGUCGUGAUCUUGGAUUAAAUUUUUUUAUAGAUAACUAUGUUCUACUAGUCAAUUCCAUUUGAUACCUAUACAGGUAAACUUCGAUAUAACAUACAUUUCUCUUUCAAAAUUGUACGUUGUAUCGAAUUGUACGUUAUAUCGAAGCAAAAUAAUGAACCUAGGAACAGCUUAUAUUACUUUUUUAUGUUGUUGUUUGGGUAAGGUAAAUAAAUAAUGAUGAAAAAGUUCAACUAAAAGAUGAAGCCAACCUUUCUCAUGAUGCUUCCCUUCAUACUACUCGAUUCAUUCAGAAUCCGGAAUCAUAAAACCAGUUGUAUCUAGAGAUUGGUUAAAAGUACAGGCCACCAAGUGACCUUUGUUGAACCUGUGAGAUUGACGUGAAACUCCCAGUACCUAUUUCGGAAAAUAUUUUUUACACAUUGAUCAUGUGUACGUUAUAUCGAGGUAAAAUGUACGUUAUAUCGAUGGGCGUUAUAUCGAGGGUACGCUAUAACAAGGGUACGUUAUAUCGAAGUUUCCCUGUAUUGAUGGGGUUUUGAAAAUAUACAUGUCGCCAUUUUUCGUUGAUCGCCAUUUUGGAUUUGUAUUUUUAAUUUUGUGUUCUACUAGUCAAGCCUUUUCAGCUGAUACCCAUACUGAUGCGGUUCUGAAAAAAUAUGUGAUCCGCCAUUUUGCAGCGGCCACCAUCUUGGAUUUUCAAUUCAUGGAAUACGCAGUGUUAUAAUCAGGUGUAUGGCACGAUUCUCGCUAUCUCACUCUACCUACCGUCACCGCCUAUCUCACUAUCACUCUGCUGUAAAAGUUCAUCAUCGACAUCACGAUAUGUCAGAUGGUGGUAAAUUGGUAAUUCGCGAUGACAGUGGCAAGUGAACAGUGGACUUCAAAUUAGGGCCAUAAUUUGGGUCCCAAGCUCGUUACCACUCGUCUCUAUCAAAUUAUAAGACACGAGACCGGUUUUGAAAUUUUUAAAUUUGAAUGAAAAUUUUCACACCAUAUUAUUUAAUUACUUGAAACACGUAUUUCUGACUUUCAUUCAACCAUAGCGCUAUACAAUUCCAUCAUUGUUACUGAUUUUUAUCAUUAUAAAAUAAAGUUGUCUUCAUAAACAAUUUUCGUAUGAGACUUUUUACCCACCUGCAUAAAAAAGUUUUUAAAUUGAAAUAGAAUACUAAUUUGAUGUAGAAAAGCCAAUUUUCAUUCAUAAUUUCAAUUUGGAAAACGUUCAUUCCGACUGAAAAUCAGCUAUUCUUUGACGCUCCCCUAAACUAGUAAACGAAGCUCAAUGCCGUCAACGCGGAUCGCUGUUUUGAAGAAAACAAAUACUUUUGACAUUUGAGAUGUUGGCACCAAAAACAUGGCGGGUGCUAUACAGCCGGUUAUAAUGACAUCAGAGAUAAAUAUAUGUUCCAAAUUUCAGAUCAAUCGGUUAACGGGGUGGGGAUCAAAUUUAUAUUGAUGUGGGACAGCGCCACAGACAAAGUUACAAAGUCACACACGUACAUACAAACAAGUCAAGCUGAAUAAAACCGUUUAAAAAUGACGUGCAUGUAGGGUUCUCAAUAACAGAAAUAUGAAAUUCAGAAUGCAAUUAUACAAAUCAUCUACAUGUCCAUAUUCCCUCCACUGUCCGUCUUACCCGCACUUUCUCUACUCUGGAUUAAAUGCGUAAUAAUUGUUGUAUCGACAUAUAGCGGGCACUUAUGGUUGCUGAAUAAUCCUGGAACUUAAUUAAAACAUUUAACCCAAUUAAUACAAUAUGUAUGUAUUGAGACAAGGUUCACUACAACACUACUUACUCCAAACAGGCGUCCAACAUAACAAGCGCACUGGAGUAGAAAAAAGGAGAAACAUCAUAAGAAUGAUUUCAUUAAUGGGCAAAUCAUCAAAAUCCGUCCGCAGCAAAACUGUUCCAUGAAAACGUAACAUGUUUUCUGAUUUUGUCAAAAAUUUUCGCAAAUGGUCUGCAAUAAAAUUUGAAGCUUUUAGAAUAGCAGUAUGGUUUAUCCUUCGCCGAAAUCAAUUAAUGUAAUUUAUACAGUAGAACCAAGUACUUCUUUCUCAACUUGUUUUGAAAUUAUCCUUUUAUAUUUAUCAAAUGAUUUGGGCAUGGUCGAGCACUCUCCCAACCAUUGCUUUAUAAGGAAGCAGUACAGUAUUUAACUUUCCGAAGUUCUAGACAAUUUGACCGAUCGUAGUUAUUGAGUCAGUGUUGUUUAUUCGAUAUUAGUUUUAGACAGGUUUGCCUGUCGAAUCAUCAUGUUUCAAAAAAAAGUAAUAGACGCUCUUGGUAGCACAAUUAGUAUUAGUAUAUAUGUUUGCGUUUUUCCCGCAUUUAAACAUUUAACUUCUUGGCCACAUUCAUGGUAAAACAAUCUACAAACCACUUGAGAACUCUUCAAAUUAUGAAAUGCGCUAUCUCGAGUUGUUUUUCCAAUAGCAGGAUGCGACAAUGUCUGGAAUUUGUCAGAAUUCUAAGGAUGUAAACAAUACACGUCGAAUAAUGUUUCUGUAGAAAUGGUUUACUUUACGCCGCAUUGCAUUAUGUUUUAUUUUCGACAAGAUGGAACACUGGUCGUGACAGUAAACAUUCACGUAAGAAUAGUGGGGGUGAAGCGGUCACUUGUUUGUUUGAUAAUAUAACUAUUCACUAUUGCUGCCAUAUUGAUAGUCACCUUAUGGUUGAAGAGUUACAUGUGAGUCAGUAAAGUUGUCGAAUGUGAAAAUAUGAAUAAAAAACAGAAAUGGCUCUCUCGGUAGCCAUUUGGCCGUAGUUUUGUGAGCAUCGUAAUUAAAAAAUUCUCGAGAAAUUCAGUCUUUUCGACUCAAUAUCUUCGACAAAUCAUUAGUUUGGACGACUGUUCACGUAUUCUAGGGGAGGUGAAAGGAUAUUUAGUGCAAUUACAGCGAUAAGUUCGUGUAGAAAACACUUCAUGCUUUGGGGCAAAAUGGUCAGUGGUGGAUAACGACUAACAAUGUUCUGUUUACUAAAGCUGAUAGACCCUCGUCACAUACUGCUCUUGAAGAUGUCUCUUUUGUACCUUUGAGUCUGAAAAAAUAUGCCACCCUAUCCAAAACCAAGCCUCACUCUGCGAAACGUAACGUGUUUCUUACUUCGUUUCUGCACGUAUGAGAA